GCCUCUUUCGAUCUUCCAAAACCCUAGUCUUCGCCUCUGUCUGCCAUUUCGCCUCUGCGAGUUUGUAGUAGCGAUCAUCAGCAAUGGCGGAUACAGAGACGUUUGCUUUUCAGGCUGAGAUCAACCAGUUGUUGAGUUUGAUCAUCAACACUUUCUACAGUAACAAGGAGAUCUUUCUCCGUGAACUCAUUAGCAAUGCAUCUGAUGCACUUGAUAAAAUUCGUUUUGAGAGCUUGACUGACAAGAGCAAGCUAGAUGCUCAACCUGAGCUCUUCAUUCACAUCAUUCCUGACAAGACUAGCAACUCAUUGACCAUCAUUGACAGUGGAAUUGGCAUGACCAAGGCUGAUUUGGUGAACAAUCUCGGUACCAUUGCAAGGUCUGGGACGAAGGAAUUCAUGGAAGCAAUUGCAGCUGGCGCCGAUGUUAGCAUGAUUGGGCAGUUUGGUGUCGGUUUCUAUUCAGCUUAUUUGGUUGCUGAGAAGGUCAUUGUCACAACUAAGCACAAUGAUGACGAGCAAUAUGUAUGGGAGUCCCAAGCUGGUGGGUCAUUCACUGUAACCAGAGACACAUCAGGUGAGUUGCUGGGCAGAGGCACUAAGAUUACCCUUUACCUUAAAGAAGACCAGCUUGAAUACCUUGAGGAGCGCAGGCUUAAGGAUCUGAUUAAGAAACAUUCUGAGUUCAUCAGCUACCCAAUUUCUCUUUGGAUUGAGAAGACGACAGAAAAGGAGAUUUCUGAUGAUGAGGAUGAGGAAGAGAAGAAAGAUGAGGAGGGAAAGGUAGAGGAAGUUGAUGAAGAGAAGGAGGCAGAAGAAAAGAAAAAGAAGAAGAUCAAGGAAGUGUCACAUGAGUGGUCUUUGGUGAACAAGCAGAAACCCAUUUGGAUGAGGAAGCCCGAGGAGAUCAAUAAGGAAGAGUACUCUGCUUUUUACAAGAGCCUCACCAAUGAUUGGGAAGAACACUUGGCCGUGAAACACUUCUCAGUUGAGGGUCAGCUGGAGUUUAAGGCUGUUCUAUUUGUUCCUAAGAGGGCUCCUUUUGACCUCUUUGACACAAAGAAGAAACCCAAUAACAUUAAGCUUUAUGUCCGUCGUGUCUUCAUCAUGGAUAACUGUGAGGAAUUGAUCCCUGAAUACCUUAGUUUUGUGAAGGGUAUUGUGGAUUCUGAGGACCUUCCUCUUAACAUCUCUAGAGAAACGUUGCAGCAGAACAAAAUUCUCAAGGUCAUCCGCAAAAACUUGGUGAAGAAGUGUGUUGAGCUCUUCUUUGAGAUUGCUGAGAAUAAGGAAGACUACAAUAAGUUCUACGAGGCCUUCUCAAAGAACCUCAAGCUUGGCAUCCAUGAGGAUUCCCAGAACAAGUCCAAGCUUGCUGAAUUGCUUCGGUAUCAUUCCACCAAGAGUGGUGAUGAGAUGACUAGCUUGAAGGACUAUGUGACCAGGAUGAAGGAGGGCCAGAGUGACAUCUAUUAUAUCACUGGUGAGAGCAAGAAAGCCGUUGAGAACUCUCCAUUCCUUGAGAAGCUGAAGAAGAAGGGCUAUGAGGUCCUUUACAUGGUUGAUGCCAUUGAUGAGUAUGCAGUGGGACAGUUGAAGGAGUUUGAGGGAAAGAAGCUUGUUUCUGCUACCAAGGAAGGUCUAAAACUUGAUGAGAGUGAAGAUGAGAAGCAGAAACAGGAAGCUUUGAAGGAGAAGUUUGAAGGUCUCUGCAAGGUGAUUAAGGAUGUUUUGGGCGAUAAGGUUGAGAAGGUGGUUGUGUCUGAUCGUGUUGUGGACUCUCCUUGCUGUUUGGUGACUGGAGAGUAUGGGUGGACUGCCAACAUGGAGAGAAUCAUGAAGGCACAAGCUCUGAGGGACUCGAGCAUGGCUGGCUACAUGUCGAGCAAGAAGACAAUGGAGAUCAAUCCCGAGAAUUCCAUCAUGGAGGAACUUAGGAAAAGGGCUGAUGCGGACAAGAAUGACAAGUCUGUGAAGGACUUGGUUCUCUUGCUGUUCGAGACUGCAUUGCUCACUUCAGGAUUCAGCCUAGACGAGCCCAACACCUUUGGCAACAGGAUUCACAGGAUGCUGAAACUUGGUCUGAGCAUAGAUGAAGAAGCUGGUGAUGCUGAUGUUGACAUGCCCCCACUGGAGGAAGCAGAUGCUGAUGCUGAAGGCAGCAAGAUGGAGGAAGUUGAUUAAAUCCUACCUCACUACUUUGCAUCUAGUUGCUUCUUUAUUUUCCUAAACUGUUACUCUUCUGUUACUGGGUAUUUUACCUUAGCGAUGAUAGAACAAAGUUAUGUUUUGGUUAUGGGAGUUUCGAUGACGCUUUUUUUGGCCAAUUGUUGGUUUUGUUCACGUUCUGAGAAUGAAAUCGUCUUGUGUGGGCGUUUGCACAUGAUAGAAUGUUAUUUCUUGUUUUCUGGAAUCCAAUGUUUUCCUACAAAUGCCCUGCCCUAUUUGUUUCUCCAAAUUUAUCAAGUUGUGUGGUUGAAAUAUUUAAGGGUGGAUUUUUAAUUCAGUUUUAUACUGCAUUUAGUUGUAAAAACUA